AUGGCAAGCUCAGCUAAGGUGGCUCUUUGCCGUGCUAAAUGGCGCCUGGUGUCAUUGCAGCUGUCUGCCUUCGAAAAAGCUUCCGUCGCCAAGUGGGACAUUGCACAGCGCAUUGUGGACGUCAUGGCGCAACGCCCGUGCGUCUUGAGCUGGACUUGGGCCACCAGCGCGAGCGUGCUACAGCGGCUGCUGCAUGGCAGCCCUCGUCCUGAGAUGGAAGAGGAUCCACAGCUGUGCAUCGAAGAUAUGUUGGCACAUCCAAUGGAAGGCCUUCCGACGGCCACAAAUAGCUUGCUGGAGCUGACCUUGGAGUGUGUGGGCACCAACAUCGGCAUCCGUGGCAUCAGUGACGAAGCCGCUGGACAGUUUCCACUUCGGCCGCCUGCUGCUAGCAACAGGGCCACUCUGCAGGGUCAGGUCGACAACGAGGCAGACGCGGAAGACGUCUUUCCACUUCGACUGCAACCACUGGAGCAAGGUAAUGAAGACCCCCGAGCGCUGCGCGACAAGGACAUUCGAAGUGCAGCAGAACUUCUCACAACGUCCCCGACCUUACCCGCCGAACCUUUGGAUGGAGACACGAUCCAUUCAGCGCUGGGCUUGGCGUGGCACGGAAACGAUUCCAACGUGGACGCGCAGCGCAUCCUGGACUUAGCAACCAACGCUAUCCAGUGGCGGUGGCUGCUGAUAGACGAAAUUAGUAUGGUGAGCGCGGAAAUGCUCGCCCGUUUAGAAGCACGGUGCCGACAACUCGUGCCAGAUCUUUGUGCCACCAAGUACUCAAAGCAAACCAAUGGUCGCGCGGCUCCAUUUGGAGGCCUGAAUGUCAUCUUGUCAGGCGAUCUAUGGCAGUUGCCGCCGCCGCGAGGUACGUUUCUUGGUCAGAUUCCCUGGCAGCUCCUCACGCACGUUCACUCUAAGAAGUGGCCGUUGAGCUUACAGGGGCAACAACUGGUGUGGGCAGCUGCUUGUGACGGUGGCAUCCAGGGCGUGACAGAACUGGUGCAAUGUGAGCGCACGCAAGAUAUAUGGUUACAAGAACUUCAAUCCGAGCUGCGCAUUGGUAAGUUGUCCGAAAACAACCAUGCUUUUCUCCAUGGUCGACCGACCAACGUUCCAGGUAGUUGGCAACAGUCCCUCGGGCACCCAACCUGUGGAGAGGCCAAGUGUCAAGAGUUAUACACGCAAAACAGCACCCCUACAACAAUCAGACAGAAGGAGUGCCCGACCUGCCAAACAGAACGCGCGAGCAAGCACCUCGUGGCAAUAGGGCCACGAGACUCGCGCUUCACAAACGACCUCGCUCGAGCGCAGGCCAUCUUUAGCACUAACGUAGUGAAAUGUCACGUCAAUCGCAUCCGCGCAGAAGAAUGGGCCCGUCUCCAUGGGCAACGUUUGUACUAUGCGAUUGCGCGCGAUGUGGCGUCCUCGCAAACGCUGCACGCAAAACCAGAUCUAGCCAAGGAAAAAUUGGCGUGGCUGCAACGUAGUGAUGCCGACUGCGGUGAUCGGUGCGGCGCCUUGCCCUUAUGCGUGGGCAUGCCCGUGCAGGCACGCGAGCAUAUACACCGAGGUGAUUUUAAGAUCUUACGCGGUUGCCAUGGAGUUGUACGCGGUUGGUCCGCAACGACGAGCGAGCAAGAAACCCUGCACAAAGACAUUAUUUGGAAUGAGCUACCGGCGUACAUCUUCGUACGCUUCACGACUCGCACCGAGUGGCAGCUUCCAGGAAUUGCUGAAAAGAAUUACCAGAGUAUGAGCCAGCAGCUCCAGCAAUCAUGGCGCAAGGUCGAGCAAGGUGGAGUCAAUGCUAUUCAACAUGCCGAACAAGCAGACAACCGGGCACUACUGACGUAA